AUGGCGCGGCUCUCCGGUCUGCAGCGGGAAGUCUUGUCCCUCUACCGGCAGUGCCUGCGCGAGGUCCGCAAGAAGCCUCUCGAAUCACAAAGCAAUUUCAAAAACUAUGCCCGUCCGGCUGAUCCUUCGCGGCGUAGCGCGGAGUUCCAAAAGCAUCGCUCGGUGAAUAAGAAGGACUUUAGCGCCGUCGAGUAUCUGCUGCGCAAAGGCCACCGCCAGCUGGAGAUGUAUGCGUCCCCGGGUAUUCGCAAUAUCCGCUGA